AGGGUUUUCAAAUAAGAAGCAGCACCUUUCCAUGCGUCGUGAGCAAGUCGAGGCUCGGAUUACAUAAUCGUGGGAGGAUGGAAGCACUCACUCUGAAAUCUCUGGCUCCUUUGACGAUUUUCACCUUCUCGUUGCCUUUCCACUUUGAGCUGCGAUUCCCACGACCUUCUCAUAGAAUUGCGAUAUGAGUGUUCUGUCAUUUGCCGCCGUCUUACUCGUUGGAUUCGCGCUUGGGUUUGUACAAGCUCAAACAAAGACUUACUCCAUUGCAAAUAACUACACUGGCUCCGUUUUUUUCGAAGGUUGGGACUACGCUCAAGGAGGUGACACGAAGAAUCUAGGGAGUGUUUUAUAUCAGGGCGCUGCGGACGCGAAGGCUCAGAAUCUAACGUAUAUAAAUAAUGUUGGAAAUGCAAUAAUCAAGAUCGACAAUACUACAGCGAACAAUUCGACCACAUAUGGUAGAGCUAGCGUGCAAAUCUCUACCCAAGCUGCUGUCAACCAAGGAAGUCUUAUAUUAUUCCAAGCGAGACAUAUACCGUAUGGGUGCUCAGUGUGGCCUGGUUUCCGGACUCUAGGAGCCAACGGCACCAAUUGGCCUCAGUAUGGCGAAAUGGACAUUAUUGAGGAGGUCAACUUGGCCACCUUCAAUCAGUAUUCAUACACACGACGCAAGGAUGCACCCAUCCUUACACUGCGACAGGUGGGAUGCAUUAUAGUCGAAAAUAAACCCAACAAUUUUGGUCAAGGGUUCGCACAAAAUGGAGGCGGUGCAUAUGCUGUCUUAUGGAACGAUGAUGGAAUCAAGUUUUGGUUCUUCCCGCGAUCCGGCAUCCCGUCGGACUUUACAUCAACGUCACCGAAUCCGGCAAACUGGGGACCACCCAGCGCGUUCUACCCGCAGUCGACCUGUAACACGACCAAAUUUUUUGGGCCCCAAUCGCUCAUGUUGGACCUAGAUAUCUGCGGUCGUUAUGCUGGGGCUCCAGGGAUUUUUAAUUCUGGAAAUUUGUGUCAGGGCCUAUGCACGAACUUUGUCCAAAAUCCGCGAGCCAAAGCAAUGGGACAAUCACUCCGCCUAUUCCAAGCCCUACUCAGUCAAAUUCUGCGCCUACGAGUGCGACCUCGUCUGUGCACAAAGGCAAUGCUUAUCGCCGCUCAGCACCGAUCGUUUUCACGACAUCAUCGAUUUGGGUAUCUGUUCUUGUAGGGUUUAUGUUGUGUAUUAUGUCGACAGAUGCGUACAUCACUGAGACGACCGGUCAGGUGUUGAUGAUGCCAGACCUCCAAUAGUGUGAUUGUGACAUGAGAUUACAGUGCCAUCACAUCCACAACCAUAGAACGU